GCACCCUUGCCUGCCUCCCCCACCUCUUGCCACAGGGGAAGGCGCGCGCACACACGCACACGCAGGCACACACAGAUGAAAAGCAGCAGCUCGGCCACACAUCAUUAGUUCUUGGUGGCCAAGCACCAACAAAAGGCUUGCCAACGAGAAGCUCGGAGCACAGUUAAGGUUUUUGGGAAGGAAGAAGGAAAGAACAGGACGGGACUUCCUUGUGUUGAGCGCACACUACCUCGUGUAUGUGUGUCUGUGUGUGUGUGUGUCUGUCUGUGUGUAUGCGGGUGUAUUUUGGAGGUCAACUUGACGGCCCAGAUGUGUUUUUUCUUUUUGGUGGAGCCUUGAGGAGAAGCCUACAGCCAUUGGAGCAAAUGACGUGGAAUGGCUUCACUUUGUGGGUCAUGAUGGUGCCGCUGAGAGGAUUACACCAGAGUAGGAAAGCUGCGCUCGCUCUCUGGAUGGUGGACGGGAAGAUCUAGAGGGAGAGGAUUUAUAGCGACGGACAUAUUCAUGUUCAAUCGGAGUCGCUAGUAGACUCAGUGUUUACAGUGAAGAGGACCAUCCGUCUGGAUUUGACGAAAGCUGAGCCAGCCAACUGAAUGGGACAAGACAUUGACAUUUUUGAGGCAGCGCAAAGCUAAAAAUUGAAAAGUUACACCACUGAGACUAUUUCCAGGUCAUAGUGCAGUGGGAGGAGACUGGUCUUGUUUUUUUCCUGCCUCUCUCCUCUUGUUUUCCCCCCUUGUCUCAUUACUAUCUCCUUUCAAAACCCGUGGAUAUUUUUUUUUUUCGGUGGCUUUAUUUAUUUUAUUUUUAUAAGGCUUCCUAAGCAUCAAAGAAGCGUUCUGCUAAUAUUCAUGUUACCUUGACGAUUCUUGGCUGCCUGACAGUGGCGGUUUUUUUCAUCGGUGGUUCGGUAACCAAGCGAUGGCCAUGGUGAGUGGGGGCUGGGGAGAUCCCAAUGGCGGCACCAACGGGCUAGGCGAAAAGGGCUACCUGAAGCGGGAGGAUGAGGACGGCUCUCCUCAGGCGGGGGGCAGCGACAUGGAGGCCGGGGAGGACGACAAGGCCUGCGUGUUGGACUGUGUGGUGUGCGGGGACAAGUCGAGUGGGAAACAUUACGGCGUGUUCACCUGCGAAGGCUGUAAAAGCUUCUUCAAGAGAAGUGUACGGCGGAACCUCAGUUACACGUGCAGGUCGAAUAGAGAGUGUCAGAUUGAUCAGCACCAUCGCAACCAAUGCCAGUACUGCCGCCUCAAGAAGUGUUUCCGAGUGGGCAUGCGCAAAGAAGUUCAACGCGGCCGCAUCCCACCGCAGCCUAGUCUCAGUCCGACCCUCACGCCUAUAGGUGGCGCCAGCGGCAUGGGAGGCGGCGAAUUCUACAACAACAACAACAACAACGGAGGGAGCGGCGGUCAACCGGUUUCCGAGCUCAUCUCCCAGCUGUUGAGGGCCGAGCCGUACCCCAACAGCCGCUACGGGCACCAGUACAACCAGCAGGCUGGUCCCGAUAAUUCCAUGGGCAUUGAUAACAUCUGCGAACUGGCCGCCCGGCUUCUCUUCAGCACAGUGGAAUGGGCCAGAAACAUCCCUUAUUUUCCUGAUCUGCCAGUGUCUGAUCAGGUGGCCCUGCUGAGGCUGAGCUGGAGCGAGCUGUUCAUCCUCAAUGCGGCCCAGUCGGCCUUGCCGCUCCACAUGGCGCCCUUGUUGGCUGCGGCGGGCUUCCACUCGUCGCCCAUGUCGGCGGAACGUGUGGUGUCCUUCAUGGACCAGGUGAGGGUGUUCCAGGACCAGGUGGAAAAGCUGACCCGACUGCAGGUGGACUCCGCAGAGUACAGCUGUCUCAAAGCCAUCGCACUGUUCUCACCAGAUGCCUGUGGUCUGACAGAUGCAGUCCACGUGGAGUCUCUACAGGAAAAGGCUCAGGUGGCUCUGACCGAGUACGAGAGGAUGCAGUACCCGAGUCAACCUCAACGUUUUGGCCGCCUGCUCCUCCGCCUCCCUGCUCUACGCGCCGUACCCGCCAGCCUCAUCUCCCAACUCUUUUUCAUGCGCCUGGUGGGGAAGACCCCGAUUGAGACGCUCAUCCGAGACAUGCAGCUCUCCGGAAGCUCCAUCAGCUGGCCCUAUGUGCCUAUGUGAUGGGAAUAAUUUUCCAUCCGUGACCCUUUUUGUUGACGUUGCCGAGAACUUGAUAAUGCAGCAUCACCAAUAAGGAUGGUACUGAUGACCAGAGCACACGGUUCUCUGCAGGGCUCGGCUCGAUGGAAGACUUGGAAAUAAUUUGGGCGGGGAGCGCGAGAUGGUUGACAAUGAAAAAAAAAUGAAGAAAAACCAAGGAAAAUUCACCAAAGUUCAUCCUCGGAUUGAUGCACAAAAACAGAGAAGAUGACUCUUGCGUCUGCUUGAACGUUAGCUGGUCAGUGAUUUUGUUCCCCAGGGCUCAUGAUUGCUUUAUUCUCCAGCAGUUACAAGAGACUAAUACCUCAUUUAACAUCAGAAUGCUUUCAUCUGAUAUUUGGAAAAAAAAAAGUAAACGUUCCACACCAGAAACCGCCUUUUUUCUGACAACCGCCUUGUUAUUAGGUAUAAAUUGAGGACUCGUACAAGCAUCAUACACAUUCAUCUUUGUUGCUUCUUUUCCAGAAUUGCACAUAUUCAAAGUUGGAGCAAGCUCUUCUGAAUGAGAAAUCUGAACAAUUAGCUUUUAAUGAGUGGCAUUAACAACUUUAUAACAAACACUAAAGGCCCUAUUUUCGUGCCCAGCGCAAGUCUAGCUUAAACUGUUUUGGUAUUUUCCUAGACUUGCGCAGGUGGAAGUGGACGUUUGCGCCGUUGUGGGAGGGAACGCAGAUGACUUUUAAAUUAGAGCAGUCGAAUCACACACAAUCCCUGACAUUGCGGAAGCAGAAAUUGACCCGCUAGCAUCCGUGCAUGAGUUUGGAGCACACAAAGUAUGAUUAUAAAUUGCAAGAUCUCCCCUUGCGGAUGAUGUCAUCGAUCGUGCAUGUGACAUGGGCAAUUGGAGACGGCCUUGCACUCCCUAUCGCGUGUCCGUAAUAAGAAUUGUACUGUGUGGUCAGAUUUAAAAUAUUUUAAAGAUGGUCAUGUUAAUUCGUUCAGUGAAUUGAUUCGACAAUAAUGGGAUUGCCCCAUGCUGUUUCUGAAUGAUCAUCCGAUGACAUCCAUCACACAUACCUGCAGAGUUUAGAAUAUAUCUGCCUGCGCCUCGAUCAAAUGCUCCAAAAUUGCAUUACACUACCUGCGCCUCAACAUAGACCAGCUUUUAGCUUGUCUAAAAUCUAGCCUCCUUUUGGUCACCAAAUUGCCAGAUGCGCCGGGAGCGUGCAAUAAAAUAUGCCGGAAUACCUACUGAGGCGUAGCGCUGUCUAUCAAAUUCACAGACAGGCUAAACAAGACUUGCAUUGGCACAAAAAUGAAGAUUUGCCCGUUCUUAUGCGAAAAUAGGGCCCACAUUGACUAUGUGUUGGAACUUUUUGUAUGUAAAUAUAUCGAGGCCAACUUUGAUUUCCCUUUGCAUGUUCUAAUGUUUUGGAGCGCUUCUAAGUUGUGUCAUCGUUUGUGUAAGUAAUUCCUUUAAAUAUCAAAGUGUUGCUUUCUCUGUUAGCUCCUCGUUGUGUUUCUGUGUUUACAUAAAAAAUACCUCUCUAAAGACCCACGUUUCCACGAAAGACUUGAGUGCUGUUGUACUUUGUAAAUGAUGUGAGGCGACUUUGAAACGGCUGAUUACAAACUGCACAAGGAGGAUUUUGAAUACCAAAAUGUCACACGUCCGCCAAUUAGUGGGCUACAAGAAGGCCCCCUGAUUCGCCACCAGGACUUACCUCACGCUAGCAGUUUGAGAUGCUUUGUUGUUUUAACGAAUAUCAAAUAUUUUAGAACAAAGAACACAAAUCAAGCAUAAUAUUUUGCUUCUUGUUUUUACCCUGAACUUGAUCUGGGUGUGCUUCUUUUAGUCAAGUCACACAUCCAUGUCAUUCAUGAAGGUUAGCUCCUAAUGGUUUCUUAGUUAUUGUGUUCCUGAGUUCUUACAUUUGAGUUUUAUGUAUAUGGCAAGGUUAUUGAAAGAAUCAAAAGAGCAGGUGUGUCUUUUGUUACGUAUAUUUGUUUUUUUCCAAACCUGUUGAAAAAGUGUUGUAUUUACAGCUGUAUGACGAAUGCCAAAUAAACACUGCGACGUGCACCACAAA